AUGCCACCGUGGCGAUCUACGCCUCGGCUGUCGACUUCGCCGUUCAAUCCUGUUCAGACGAGAGAGGCGCAUGAACUUCAGUCGCGGCCCAGACGACCGUUCUUUGCGCUCUUCCAAACGUACGUCGUCUGCGCAUGUGACCGCCGACACGUGUCGCGCGGCAGUAAGAUGAGCGUGCGCAUUCUGGCUGGCAAAGCAGCGCAGGAGAACAUUGAGCUGAUGCGCGGGCUGCUGCAGCUAGAGAGGGAAGACGAUCUUUGGUUCGAAGACGAACGCGGCGGGAGCGUUGUUCCCGACUACGACGGACUUGAAGGCCAAGCGAUGAAGGUGAGCGUGUACGUCAGGCGCAGAGACGGCGAGUUCAUAAAGUCGCUGUCGAGACACAACGUCGAAAGGCGGUUCGACAUACACGAAGACACGGCUACCGAGGGGCGGGGAGCGGGAAUAGAGGGCUGGUACGAAGGGGGGAAAUGCACGUGUUAUCAAUGUGUAUUGGGUAAGGAGCGAGAUGCGUAUGAGGAACAUCUUCAGGUGUUGGCUGCACAAUUGGGGUCAUGGAGCUCGUCGACUGCGCGAGCAGAAGAGAGUAUUCCGCAAGAGAGCGUGGCGAUACAGGAGCUGGGCGCAGACUCCAUCCACGACACGCCUCCGAUGCGAGGCGGUGAAAUCGAGCUCGACGAGACGGUCGAUCGAGACUCGACCAGAAGCAACGCCAGCGCGCUCGACACCGGCUCUUUUGAUGAACAUAUCGUUACAGAGUAUCAUUACGGUAGGAUUAUUCCAGGCCCGGACUCGUACAGCGUUGAGCACGCAUGGGAAGAGAAGAAGGCAAGGACCAGCCGCAUUGCGCCGUGCAGGAUGAUGAUGAUGACAAUGCCGACAGACGACGACUAUCGAUCUGCAGCUUCCAUUCUGCGGAGGAUGAGGUGA